AUGGGUUCCAUCAAUAAUAAUUUCAGCACUAAUAAUAACAGUAAUACAGAUCUCGAUCGGGACUGGAAAACUGCAUUGAAUAUUCCUAAGAAGGAUACCAGACCACAGACAGAUGAUGUCUUGAAUACAAAGGGAAAUACUUUUGAGGAUUUUUAUUUGAAAAGAGAACUGUUAAUGGGUAUUUUUGAGGCCGGUUUUGAAAAGCCAUCUCCUAUUCAAGAAGAAGCCAUACCCGUAGCAAUAACCGGUAGGGACAUAUUGGCAAGGGCCAAAAAUGGUACAGGUAAGACAGCUGCAUUUGUUAUUCCGACACUAGAGAAAGUCAAGCCAAAGUUGAAUAAAAUUCAGGCUUUGAUCAUGGUUCCCACAAGAGAGUUAGCUUUACAAACUUCCCAAGUCGUCCGUACAUUGGGAAAACACUGUGGUAUUUCAUGCAUGGUGACCACUGGUGGUACCAAUCUGAGAGACGAUAUUUUAAGACUAAAUGAAACAGUCCAUAUUUUGGUUGGUACUCCUGGUAGAGUGUUGGAUUUGGCCUCAAGAAAAGUAGCAGAUCUAUCUGAUUGUUCUUUAUUUAUCAUGGAUGAGGCUGAUAAAAUGCUUUCUCGUGAUUUCAAGACAAUAAUUGAACAGAUUCUGUCCUUCUUACCUCCAACCCAUCAAUCUUUAUUAUUUAGUGCUACUUUUCCAUUGACAGUGAAGGAAUUCAUGGUUAAACAUCUGCAUAAGCCUUACGAAAUUAACUUGAUGGAAGAAUUGACCCUAAAGGGUAUUACUCAAUACUAUGCCUUUGUGGAAGAAAGACAAAAGCUACAUUGUUUAAAUACUUUAUUCUCUAAGCUUCAAAUUAAUCAAGCUAUCAUUUUCUGUAAUUCUACCAACCGUGUCGAAUUAUUAGCCAAGAAAAUUACUGAUUUAGGUUAUUCCUGUUAUUAUUCUCAUGCGAGAAUGAAGCAACAAGAAAGAAAUAAAGUUUUCCACGAAUUUCGUCAAGGUAAGGUUCGUACCUUGGUUUGUUCCGACUUGUUGACUCGUGGUAUCGAUAUUCAAGCUGUCAAUGUCGUUAUUAAUUUCGAUUUCCCAAAAACGGCAGAAACUUAUUUACAUCGUAUUGGUAGAUCCGGCAGAUUUGGCCACUUGGGUUUGGCAAUCAAUUUGAUUAACUGGAAUGAUCGGUUUAACCUGUAUAAGAUUGAACAAGAAUUGGGCACCGAAAUUGCAGCCAUUCCGGCUACUAUCGAUAAGUCAUUGUAUGUGGCUGAAAAUGACGAAACAGUUCCUGUCCCAUUCCCAAUAGAACAACAGAGCUAUCAUCAGCAGGCGGCACCUCAACAACAAUUACCGUCUCAGCAACAAUUCGCUAUUCCUCCACAGCAACAUCAUCCACAAUUCAUGGUUCCUCCUCCGCAUCAACAACAGCAAGCUUACCCUCCACCACAAAUGCCUUCGCAGCAAGGGUAUCCUCCGCAGCAGGAACAUUUCAUGGCGAUGCCACCAGGUCAGUCACAGCCCCAGUAUUAA